AGACGUUGACACUCCUUCAUAACCCCGCUCUUCCCGCGCCUCACGCAGAUGCCCAAAGCGCCGUGAGCACAGAAGUCUCCAAACACCAGAAUUCUACUUACCGCACCGAACCCCAGUAGAUGACAGCAUAAAAUAGCCUAGUGUUAAUUAUAGUUAUUUACAUUAAUUCAUCAAUAUAGCAGUAUGGUUUUCUUUCCUACACCUUAGUUUGCUUUUCCAAGAGACCUCUUUGUGCAAACUCUUUUAUACUCUAUGUGCACGUCCCCGUGGUUACUGCACAUCCCCAGCCGGUGUUGGUGAUGCCAUGCCCCGCAACCACAGUGGCGAUGAAGCCAAUUCUGGGCUCUGGAUGAAAACCUCUCCAGGGCGUCGGGCUCAGAACUAUAGGUUGAAAGAUGUGGAGUCUGGACGGAGGAUGAUGAACAACGCUGUUCGAGUCGGAGACGGGAUGCUUUCGCCAGGCGCGGCAGGUGCAGGGGGCGCGGAGAGGAGAAAGGGCGCCCGGUUGAGUUUGCUCGGGAAGCCGCUCAUCUACAGCGCGCAGAGCGGGCGCAGAAACGCGCACUACCGUCGUCUCCAGAAUUACCUCUAUAAUGUACUGGAGAGACCCAGGGCAUGGGCGUUCAUCUACCACGCCUUCGUGUUCAUCUUGGUGUUUGGCUGUCUGGUCCUGUCAGUGUUCUCCACAAUCCCUGCCCAUCAGGACCUGUCCAACCACUUUCUGCUCAUCCUGGAGUUUGUGAUGAUCGUGGUGUUUGGGCUGGAGUACAUCAUCAGGAUAUGGAGCGCAGGCUGCUGCAGUCGCUACAGGGGCUGGCAGGGACGCCUCCGCUUUUCCAGGAAACCCUUCUGUGUUAUAGACAUCAUUGUACUCAUAGCUUCCAUUGCUGUGGUGUCAGCGGGUAGCCAAGGUAACAUCUUUGCCACCUCAGCAUUGAGGAGCCUUCGCUUCCUGCAGAUCCUGCGAAUGGUGCGCAUGGACCGCAGAGGGGGCACCUGGAAACUACUGGGAUCUGUUGUCUACGCACACAGUAAGGAGUUGGUGACAGCUUGGUACAUUGGGUUCCUGGUGCUUAUCUUCUCUUCGUUCCUGGUCUAUCUUGUGGAGAAGGAGUUCAACAAAGACUUUGCCACCUAUGCUGAUGCUCUGUGGUGGGGCACAAUCACUCUGACAACCAUCGGCUACGGAGACAAGACUCCUCAGACGUGGACGGGUCGUCUGAUCUCAGCUGGCUUUGCUCUGAUGGGGAUCUCCUUCUUCGCCCUGCCUGCCGGUAUCCUGGGCUCAGGCUUUGCCCUGAAGGUACAGGAGCAGCACAGACAAAAACACUUUGAGAAGAGGAGGAACCCAGCAGCCAGCCUCAUCCAGUGUGUCUGGCGUAGUUAUGCUGCUGAUGAGAACUCGGUUUCCAUAGCUACCUGGAAGCCUCAUUUGAAGGCGUUGCAUACCUGCAGUCCUGCAAAGAAAGAACAGGGUGAGACGAUUAGCAGUACUAAGUUGAGCUUUAAGGAGCGGGUACGUAUGGCAAGCCCACGCGGCCAGAGCAUGAAGAGCCGCCAGACGUCCAUCAACAACGAUCGGCGCUGUUCCCCGGGCAUCAAUGUGGCAGGCACUGAGAUGCGCAGCAGCCCUGCCAAGGUGCAGAAGAGCUGGAGCUUCAAUGACCGCACCCGCUUUAGACCCUCCUUACGCCUUAAGAGCCAAUCACGCACCUCGCCAUCCGAAGUGGACACAGGAAUGGGGAAUGAUGACACUUUCGACGACAGGGGCUGCCACUGUGAUGUCACCAUGGAGGACAUAACAGCUGCACAGAAGGCUGUCAUCAGAGCUGUCAGGAUCAUGAAGUUUCAUGUAGCAAAGAAGAAGUUUAAGGAGACUCUGCGUCCAUACGAUGUGAAGGAUGUGAUAGAGCAGUACUCUGCAGGACACCUGGAUAUGCUCUGCAGAAUCAAGAGUCUACAAACUAGGGUGGAUCAGAUACUGGGUAAGGGCCAGAUCCCCAUGGACAAAAAGAUCAGGGACAAGCUUCACCCUGAUGGGGACACACUGGAGGACAUGAGUAUGCUGGGACGUGUGUGUAAAGUGGAGAGACAGGUGACGUCCAUAGAGUCAAAGCUGGACUCUCUGCUAGAUGUGUACAGGCAGGGCUCGUCUGCCCUCACCAUCUCCUCCCUGCCCCUUUUCGAGCUGGAGCACCAGACAUCCGACUACCAGAGCUCCAUCCUCAGCAAAGACCUGCCCUCUGGCCCCCACCUGGGAGGGGAGUGUGUAAGAGGGCAUCCAGAUCUCAACCCAAUUAACCCUUAUGGGAGAUUCUGAAACGCGACGCCUGAGACAGCGUUUUCCACCACCAUCAACAAAACACCAAAUUAUAGAGUUCCAGACAUUAGAAUCUAUUCCAAGGCACAUUGAAGCUGUUCUGGUGGCUCGUGGUGGCCCAAUGCCCUAUUAAGACACUUUAUGUUGGUGUUUCCUUUAUUUUGGCAGUUACCUGUAUAUAAUAUAUGUUAAUACAGUAUGUGACCUGCAAAAUCAACAUAGCUGUGUGUUAAAAUGGGAUAUUAUAUGACUAUGGCUGCAGUGUUUGAGCGGAGUUGGUACGAUAAAUGCGCAACUGAAAGCACAAUUGUUUGGAGACUUUGGAACCUGCAAAACUGGUGGUUUUAUGCUCUGUAAUGAAAUGUUUUCCAGAUACAUAAUCAUGUGACAGACAGGAGGUACUUGUAGAGGUCAGCUCCAUUGGAAGAAAGCUGAGUAUCGAAUCCACUUAGUUAACUAUAGAGUAUGGAGUCUUCCAUUGAAGAAAUGUCAUGCUUGGUCUGCAGACUGAAGUUAUAUCAAAUUUACUGGUUAAUUAAUGGUUAAUUUCCCUUAGUUUAUUCUGUAAAUGCUUAACAGUGCCUUUCUUGCAUUUUAAUAUGAUUAUAGUUAUUUUUUCUCCACUGGGCUGCAUAUGUAGCUACAGUGCCUAGCUACGUAGAAUAACUCAUACAGGUGUAAGCUCAGUUUCUGAAACUUGGAUAACACACUUUUAAUGGCUGCAAAUCUACUACAGUACAUCUUCUAUAUCACUUGUACUGUCAUUUAUUAUCCAAAACAGGCCUAAAAGGGCAAUUCAACCACUUUUCAACCUUAUUUUCAUUAUCUCCAGCACAAUUACAUCAUCUUCAUAUAUGAAAACGGCACUUUUCUAGAAAAAAUAUAUAAAGUAAAAAAGUAUGCGAACAUCAAAAAUAAACAUUUAUUUAACAGUGAUUCCCUAACACUAUGAGACUCGCGAUGAUGUGGGGAGCAAGAAAAUACCCUCCCUCUGGCUAGAAACUCAUUGCAGGUUUUGAAAAUCACAGUUUUGUUUACUUUUAAUCCUACCCUGUUUUAAGGACUUUUCUCAUUAUCUUUUUAACCACAGAUCAUAGAAACGGCCUAUUUUCACAUACACUGAGGGUGUUUCUCAAUAUGCAUACUACCUUGCUCCACACUCUCAUGCUCUGAAUGCAUUCUCCAAUGCUUUCUCUUGAGUAUGUUCUUGUGAGGACGAGCGUGUGGAGAAUGCAUAAAACAUUACGUUUUGAGAAGCACUCACACUUCCCCCUACUGUAUUACCUCAUGCUUCACUUCCCCAUUCCCUGAACCUUCAUCCAGCCAGGACAAUGGCAAGAAUAGACUAAACAAAAAAUGACCUCAAAUUAAUAUUACGCAAGAUAUUUGUCAAUUCUUCAUGGGUAGCUAGCUAACUAUUCUUCAUGGCUAUCUGGCUAGCUAAAAGUAGUAGCUAGCCAGAUAGCCCUAUUGACUUAUUAUGGGUUUGCGAUCUAUGGUACGUAGGCAGGUAAACAUUAACACAGCAUGUAUUUAUUAACAUAUCAAGAUAAAAUAUUGUAGUCAGGCAACAUAUGAGAUGGGAAGAGGCAACAUUUCAUUCCGAAGUCAGUGUAUUUUCUCUCGCUUCAGCUUAAAUAAUGGCCGUCAUUUUUACGUGGCUGCGUCAUAUUUCUUUGCAUACUUUCAAUUCUUUCAGUUGAAGCUUGCAUUGAUGCAUGCUUCAAAAUAUGUACUAUUAUACAAUGGGUGGGUCUAAUCCUGGAUGCUGAUUGGUUAAAACCACAUUCCAGCCGCGUCUAUUCCACAAGUUACCACCGGCUAACUCUAUGACUUUGAAAUAUCUAUUUACUCUCACUGCGCAAUCCACUGUCUCAUCAACCCAGCCAGGCAAUUUAUAAACUUGAUCUCUACUAUAAAAAGCAUCUAGACAUUAUCUCCCAUUUCUUUUAGACUAUCAUUUGGUUUUCAACGGCAGAGAUUUGUAUAAACUGUGCAGUCUGUCUGCCCCGACAUUUGCAACAUUGUUUCAAUAUUGAAAUUUAUCUCCAGCUGUCCUGUAGUAAUGAACAUGUCGGGACCAGACAGACAGACAGAUUUUCUUAGCCAGUCGAAAUCAUGAAUCAGCUGGUAUCAUUUUUAUGAAUAUAUACAAAGAAAUGUCAACAGAAAACAGGACAAACUAAAUGAAGUUGAAGAACAGCUAGUCUGCAGUCUUUCUAGCUUCAGACUGAAGUGAUUCUGUUAGCUGUAUUGUUGGCUAGCUCCUAUGAUCAACAAUGUCCUAACUAGAGAGCACAUUUUCUAUGUCAGGCGAAAUCGCGCAUCAUUAGCUCAUUGUUAUGGAUGUAUCUAAAUAAAUGUCACUAGAAAACAGUUUAAACAAAUAACAGCAAAUGUAGCCACUUUGCUGUUAUUCUGGCCGUAGUUAGCCGUAGUUGGCUAGCUAUCAAACAAGGAUUAAGAACGUUGCCAGCCAGUACGGCAAUGGAACAUUUAGAACUAACUACAGAGUUGCGUCCAUGGAUGCAGAACAAAAAGAUAUAACGACUGGGUCGUGUCUCUGGCAACCGAACCAAUAGAUCGAAUGACCAGCCUUGUGUAGUAACCUUAGAUUUGUGUCGGGACUAUAUCUCGUGGCAGAAUGAAAUAAUAUGAAUUCAUUUAUCAAAAUAAUGUUUUUUAUGACAAUAUGUCAAUCAUUAUUUGAAUAUGUUGGUAACUCCUUGUAUAAAAGUGAUAAUUCCCUUGAAGCUGGAGAAGACAGGAUAAUUGUAAAGAAUGAUUUUUAAACCUUCAGACAAUUGAGACAUGGAUUGUGUAUGUGUGCCAUUCAGAGGGUGAAUCGGCAAGACAAAAGAUUUAAGUGCCUUUGAACGGGGUAUGGUAGUAAGUGCCAAGCGCACCAA